ACUUCAUUGGUUGAAUUUGGCAAGGGAAAUCUCUCAUAAGAAGUGUAGGAUUACGACUAUUUGAGCCUUCAUUCCUUCAAGGCGACAAAUCUCCGGCGGCCCUUCCCAAGUUAUUGAGACCUCUGGUUUCGGAGGAUUGUCAAGGAAUACUGAUCUUCAUCUUCAUCCUCAUCGAAGUCUAUUUCGCUCCAUUUGUAUGCGUUUGUCCUUCUCUCCAUAGAUCUUAUUUCGGCUAAUGGAAGCAAUUAGAAAACAGGCCACGAAGCUCAGGGAGCAAGUCGCCAGGCAACAACAGAAUGUUCUUAAGCAAUUUGGUGGGGGAUAUGGAGGUUCAGAUAAUGUUGUUGACGAGGCACAACUCCAGCAACAUCAGAAACUGGAGAAACUUUACAUCUCAACUCGCACAUCAAAGCAUUUUCAAAGGGAUAUUGUUCGAGGAGUUGAAGGUUACAUUGUUACUGGAUCCAAACAAGUUGAAAUAGGAACUAAAUUGUCCGAAGAUAGUAGAAAAUACGGGUCUGAGAAUACAUGCACCAGUGGCAACACUUUGUCACGAGCUGCUGCAAAUUUUGCUCGCGCGCGUGCUCAAAUGGAGAAGGAACGGGGGAACCUAAUAAAAGCCCUUGGUACACAGGUGGCGGAGCCAUUAAGGGCAAUGGUAAUGGGAGCUCCACUUGAGGAUGCUCGACAUCUUGCUCAACGUUAUGACAGAAUGAGGCAGGAGGCUGAAGCUCAGGCUAUUGAAGUUUCCAAGCGCCAAGCAAAAGUUAGAGAAGGAAUGGGGAACCCAGAAAUAUUAAUGAAGCUUGAAGCCGCUGAAGGAAAAUUACAUGAUCUGAAAACAAAUGUGGCAACAUUGGGGAAAGAAGCCGCGGCUGCCAUGUCAGCAGUAGAAGCUCAGCAACAAAGGUUAACCCUUCAACGACUCAUUGCCAUGGUUGAAUCGGAGCGUGCUUACCAUCAGAGGGUCCUUCAGAUUCUUGAUCUCCUCGAAGGCGAGAUGUUAUCAGAGCGACAACGCAUUGAAGCAGCUCCGAGCCCAAAAACUGAUAGUCCGCCUCGGCAUCAACCUCAACCUCCACCUCCACCAUAUGAAGAAGUAACUGCAGGUGGAUAUUAUGACUCCCCAAAAGAUAAUGGCAGUUCUGACACCACAAACUAUUUCUUAGGAGAGGUUAUUUAUUCGUAUCAAGCCGAGUCAGAUGUGGAGCUUAGCUUGUCGGUGGGUGAUUUCGUAGUUAUUCGAAAGGUAUCAAAGUCAGGUUGGGCAGAAGGUGAGUGCAAAGGAAAAGCAGGUUGGUUUCCAUCUGGAUAUAUUGAAAAGAGGGAACGAGUACUUGCGAGCAAAGUAGCCACAGAAGUCUUUUAAAAAAUGCGAAAAGAAUUGCUGGUGAGUAUAUUUGUGCUUAAUUAUGCUACUAAACAGAACCUGAGGUUUUUGUUCCAUAAAAAAAAAUAUCAAAUAAGUGUGCCAUUUAUAUUAUUAUGUAUCAUAUAUAAAUUGAAAUAUUUAUUUUUUGUAUGUCAACUUCUAGGUUAAAUAUUUGUGUACUACUCAUUUUGAAAUGUUCAAAUUUGUAUUAUUAGAGGUUUAUUACCUUUUUUGAAUUGAUAAUAUAUAUUUGUCAACUA